CCUCUCUUUUGCCUUAUCUCUGACUCUUUUCUAACUGUCCUUUUCUCAAUUGGUCCAUAAAUAUAUUUACUGCUAUUCUGCUACGUAUGCCAAUCCUACAAAGAUCAUACUUAGUCCUACCAACUCUUAAAUCCUUCUUCAAACAUCCAUCUCGUUAUCAGUCCCCUCUUCCACAACUCUACAAACGAACCAUGUCCUCCGCAAUGUCCAAACGUCUCGAGGGCAAAACCAUUGUUAUAACUGGUGCCUCGUCUGGGAUUGGCAGAAGUACCGCUUUAGAAUUUGCGAGAACUUCUCCUAAAGAUUUGAGAUUGAUCUUGACAGCUAGAAGAAUUGAUGUUCUGGAAGAAGUAAAGAAAGAUAUUGAGAAGGAAUGUGGUGAGGGAGUUAAAGUUUUGGCUGUGAAAUUGGAUGUUAGUAAACCUGAGGAGGUGAAAGGUUUUGUUGGUGGAUUACCGGAAGAAUGGAGGGAGAUUGAUGUUUUGGUCAAUAAUGCUGGUCUAGUCAAAGGUGUAGCACAAGCUCCAUCUAUCGCUGAAGAAGAUAUCAAUAUCAUGUUCGCAACAAACGUAACUGGUCUCAUCUACAUGACCCAAGCUGUCCUCCCAAUUUUCAAAGCGAGACCCGAUGGCGGAAAGGGUGAUAUUAUAAACAUUGGCAGUAUUGCAGGAAGAGAACCAUAUCAAGGAGGAAGUAUCUAUUGUGCCACUAAAGCAGCCAUUAGAAGUUUUGGAGAUUCGUUAAGGAGGGAGUUGAUUGCUACAAGAAUAAGAGUCAUUGAAAUCGAUCCUGGACAAGUCGAGACCGAAUUCAGUGUCGUUCGAUUCUAUGGCGAUAAAAAGAAGGCAGAUGCUGUCUAUGCCGGAUGCGAACCAUUGACUCCGGACGACAUCGCCGAGGUUAUUGUUUUUGCAGCUGGAAGAAGAGAGAACGUCGUUCUUGCCGAUACUCUAAUUUUCCCCAAUCAUCAGGCUGGCGCUGGAGGUGCCAUGUAUAAGAAGAGCUGAGAUCUCCUUUGUACAUUUCAUAUUUAUGCCCAUCAAAUAGACAGACAGAACAAGCGAUGAAAAACACAAUUUAUCGCAGAGAUGCAAUAGAUACUCCUAUGUUGUGCAUCAGAAUUCAGAAGCUUUAGCGUACAUUUUUAGAAAACUCGUUUGCAAUCAUUACCGUUCAGCGUUUCCUCUACUUUCGUUGUUUCCCAUACUCUUCGUCUUAGUAAGGGUUUUGGCUUGCUAUAUAGAAUUAUUGAAGAAUUUCUUUCUGUAUCCUACUAGGUAGUGAACAUGAAUGUUUCAGGAGAAGUCAAUGCUUUCCGAAGUAUCGCACAUGUAUUUUUGUCGGAUAACAAGCAGUUUUGGUCCCAUUCAUUAUCAAUACGAACGCGAAAUAAAAGUUGGACCUGUAAUUUCAGAGGCUGUCACGAAGAUUGACGGCGUAAACUUUCCAAUGUUGACCACAAGUUUGUCUGAGCUAAACUUUCUCUUCGAAGCUUUCUUUGAAUUAUUGGGAGCGGAGAGAGACAUCCGUCGCUGGUCCAGCUCGUCAACGAUAUAUGUAAUCUUCAACGCAGAGAUCGCCAAAAAUUGUUAGCCAUAUCAUGAACUCAUUGGAGAGUUUCGCCU